AUGCGCGAGGUGCUUCUGUACGUGGUGCAGAUCUUGAAUAAACUCAGUCACUGCCUCUUCUUGCGCCACUGGCCGGAGCUGAAGCAGACGCUGCGCGACGCAGGCAUCGUAACAGGAGACGAUGUGAGGGACUGCGUCGUGCGCUGUUCCGACGUGGCCGACGAUGUGGCAGAGCUCGCAGCCCUGUCCGAGUCUGAUACCUGGCGCAUCAGGAGUGGUCGGGAGGUUGCGGCAGUGAGUCAUAUGUUGCAUCACGCGCAACCGAAGCUCCUGGAGGUGAUGUUGAGCUCGGACGACCUGAAGGUGAAGACAGGGUGGCCGGAGCUUGCUGGGCGUCGUGUGGGGGACGUAUAUAUUUUACUGCAUAAUCUUGAUGAGGAAUAUAAUCCCCAUGACCACUUCCUCGAGCCGCUGCUCAGCAGCAAAAUGAGACUCGCUUGGUUCGAGGGCUGCCUGGGCACUCCAGCAGGGGUGGCCGCCCUCGCUUCGGUCGCCAGGAGCGCGUACCUCGACAUCUACAUGGCUGCCCCUCUGGACCUCAGCGCCCUGAGUGGCAAAUACGAGGACCUCAUUCUACACACGCGCCCGUCUAUGUUCCCUCCACCCCUCAUGUAUGCGCUGCCUGCUACGCCUGAGCCCAAGCUGCACCUGGAUGGGGUGGACGUGGGCUCUUGGGAGACCGCAGUCCACACCAUCACCGCCCUGGCACCCUCUGGGGGGAGGCUCGAGUUCAACCAAAACCAGAUUCAAAAUAAUUCUGAUCUUCCUGUCGGUUCUGAAUAA